GUUCAACUUCUGUUGCACUGUAGCCGUGUUCAACACAAGCAACGCUCUCGCGACAGAAUAACUGUGUAUCUGGUGCCAUAUGUACUUGAACAUGUUGAACCACUCAGGAUAUCCCUUGAUGAUGGUCAAAACCCAGUAGACCACCUAAACUCUUUAAUUCUGUAGUCAAAAUAAACACUGCGAGGGUCCGUGAUUUGAGAUGUGGAGAUAAGAAGAGGACUACCUGCAGAUUACAGUAACUCGCGGAACUCUAUACAAUGCCAAAGGAACCAAACGAGCAGAAGUCACCCAAGUCCCCAACCUCACCCAAGAAGAUGAUGCGACAGAAACGAGACCGGCGCAAAAAGAGCCUCUUACGAAAGGCCUACGAAUACAGCAAGCUGUGUGAUGCUGACGUCUGCCUGGGUAUUCGCAUUCGAGAGUCUGGCCAAGUCACUACAUUUCUCUCCGAUUCGACAGGAUUCUGGUCAGACCUUUCCUCGCAACUAGUACGUUUUCAGCAUGCUUGCUGUCGGGAAAUAUACUAUCCACGGCCGACUCAGAAAACGGAGAAGGAUUUUGACUCCAAUCCUACAACUGAUGAUGACUCAGCUGCAGCCGAAGACGUCAAAGGGGGAGAACAAUGA